UUCAGGAAUGUUGUGAUUUUUGUCUGACUCUGAACCUCAGGAGCUUCACGGAGGCUCCGGCGGGCGCCGCCAUGUCGCUUCGGCUGUUUCUGAACCCUGAAGCCUCCUCUCCGUUUCCAGCUCCGGACACCAUGAAGAGAAGCAGAAGCAAAGCGAGCGGAACCACCGACAGGGAGUUCGUGUUCGAGUUCAAGGCCGGGAAGAACACCUGCGUGCUCAGAGUUCCUCUGCAGCUUCCGGUCCAGCUGAACAUCAGGGAUCUGCACGGGAGGCUCAUGCUGCUACACAAAAUCCCCUGCUACAUAGAAGAUGAGCUGCAAGCCGCCCUCUCCGCCUUCAUGGAGGAGCAGAGCGGCCUGGACUUCGACCGGGAGGCAGAGCUGGGCCUGCAGCGCCUCGCCUGCGGCACCGUGGACGUCAACCAGCUGACCAGCGCGUGGGCGGCAUCCUACGCUCAGACCAGCCUGGAGCACGCUCGGCCCGAAGAGCCCAGCUGGGACGAAGACUUCGCCGACGUUUACCACGAGCUGAUCCACUCGCCCGCCUCCGACACGCUGCUGAACCUGGAGCACAGCUACUUCGUCAGCGUGUCGGAGCUGAUCAGCGAGCGAGACGUGGAGCUCAGCAAGCUGCAGGAGAGGCAGGCAGCAGAGAUGGACAAAGUGAUGCAUGAGCUGGGAAACACGCUGAGCGACCACGAUGUCAACGCCGUGGCUUCACAACACUUUGAUGCUCAGCAGGUGCUGGAGAACAGGUGGGCGAACGAGCUGAAGCAGGUGACGGCCAUCCAGAAGCAGGAGUACCAGGACUGGGUCAUCAAGCUGCACCAGGAUCUGCAGAAAUCCAACAACAGCAGCAAAAUCAACGAGGAGAUCAAGGUGCAGCCGGGCCGGCUGGCGGAGGCUGCAGACGGUGGCUGCAGGCCGUUUGAGGAGCAGCCGCUGCUGGAGGAGAGCUUCACCAUCCACCUAGGAGCGCAGCUCAAGACGAUGCACAACCUGCGUCUGGUCCGCGCCGACGUGUUGGACUUCUGCAAGCACCGGCGCCACAGCAGCAGCGGCGCCAAGCUGCGGCGCCUGCAGACGGCGCUGUCGCUCUACUCGUCCUCGCUCUGCGGCCUGGUGCUGCUGGUGGACAACCGGGUCAACUCCUACAGCGGCAUCAAGAGAGACUUUGCCACGGUGGCGAAAGAAUGCACCGACUUCCACUUCCUGAGCCUGGAGCAGCAGCUGGAGGAGGUGCAGCAGGCGGUGCUGUAUGCGCGGGCGCAGCGCUGCAGCAAGCAGAAGCAGCCGGCAGAAAAUCAGAAGAAUGGAGGAGAUGAUAAGAGCAAAGCAGCUGAAAGAAAUCCCUCAAAUAUCCUCCCAGGUGAGUUCUACAUCUCCAGACACUCCAACCUGUCGGAGGUCCACGUCGUCUUCCACCUGUGUGUGGAUGACAACCUGCGGUCGGGAAGCAUCACGGCCCGCGACCCGGCCAUCAUGGGCCUGAGGAACAUCCUGAAGGUCUGCUGCACGCACGACGUCACCACCGUCACCGUGCCGCUGCUGCUGGUCCACGACAUGUCCGAGGAGAUGACCAUCCCCUGGUGCCUGAAGAGAGCAGAGUUGGUCUUCAAAUGUGUCAAAGGUUUUAUGAUGGAAAUGGCUUCGUGGGACGGAGGGAUCUCCCGCACCGUUCAGUUCCUGGUGCCGAAGAGCAUUUCAGAGGAGAUGUUCUACCAGCUGAGCAACAUGCUGCCUCAGAUCUUCCGUGUCUCUUCCACUCUGACGCUCACCUCAAAGCACUGAUGAGGAAAACCAUUCCCAAUGAGCCCAGAUCACGGCCCGAUGAGCCCAGGUCACGACCCGAUGAGCCCAGGUCAUCAGGAAUGGUUUUCACAGCUGCAGCAGAGCGGAGAUCCCGGUCAGACUCUCAUCCGUCCAGAUUUCUGGAGUUGAAACAGAAAACCUGAAAGCUUUGAAACGAAAUGAAUGAAAAUGUUUUUCUGCCUGACGGAUCGCUGAUGGUCCACCAGACAUCAUCAGAACCAGAACAUCCUCGUUCCUGAGCCGGUUUGGUUCUGCAUCAGACGUUUGGUGAAUAAAUCCUUCUGGAGAACAUUUGGUUCCUCCACAGUUCCUCCCGCUGGUUCAACAGAAACCUGCAGAACCGGGUCCGGACCGGAGAGGUUCUGGUUCUGAUCCGCUUUCAUCUCUUCCAGCUUCUGGAAAGAUACGUUUUUUGGAUGAACUGAUUGUUUUUUCCAGGGAAAUUUGAUUUGAGCUUCCUGGAUUCAUCUCAUUCUGGCUGCUGAUCUAAAAGGAACGCAGCCGGUUCCACUGGGGAUCAACACGAACUGGGACGCUCCCCAGCCAGACUUCUGCACUACUUAAGCAAAUCAUUUCAUAUUUUCACCUUCCUAAAAUCACGAGCCGAGUCAUUUUUAGCCAAAAUUAUAUUUGCAAAAAAUUAUUUGGUCCGUUAUUUUAGGAAUAUUCAACGAUUCAGAUGUUCCUUCCCUCCAACAGUAGGUGGCACUGUUCCUAAAUACAGAGGAGGAACAAACUGGAGACCACACACACACACACACACACACACACACACACACACGACUCCCCACUUUCAUGAUCUGAACAAGCAUCGAUCCACCUGGGAUUAUUUUUCUGCUUCUGCCCUCAGUGAGUCCAUAAAGAUAUUUACUGUAUUUCUAAUUAAUGUUUUAUUAAUAAUAAUAAUAAUAAAGUCGGAGAGCUCAGCUGUGCGUUCUUCAUGGAUGCAGGGAAACUGGAUGAUGGAGGUUUCUGGUUCUGAUCGGACCUGUUCAGCCUCUCUGCUGGUGUAAUGAAGAUUAUUUAUCAAUAUUCGGCUGUCAAGUUAUGAUCCACAUGAGGCCCUAAACCCCAGCUAAGUUCGGGCCUAAUUAAAGAUGGCAGCCAGGCCGUAAACAAGAUGGCCGACAGAGUGAUGUCGUUGUUCUGCAGGUUUGUUUCCAGGCUCUAAUGUUUGGUUGGGUGCCAGAGGAUCCAUGAGUGGCUCACAGCGGCAAAACGCCGAGCCGCCAGGAACUGCAGAGUUUCUCAAUAUUCAAACAUUUUCUUACCCGGCUGAAAAAGAUCCUGAAUGACCAGGACAAAAUCAACGUGAAGCAACCAUUUCCAAUAAAACCUGGCUCUGUUUCACUGCGGAGACGGGAGUGAAACAUUAAAUCGCUCCAGGCUGUAGUGAAAUCCCUGCUGUUCUCACUGGUUCUGCUCCAGGUUUGCUCCUGUUAAACUGAGUUGUUUCCUUCCACUGUCACCACAUGCUUUCUCAGGAGGAGCGGUUCCAAAGUUACAGGAAGGUUCUGUUUUUGUGUUGCUGCCUGGUUCUUCAUGAGAGACAGAACUUCACGUCUUUAUUUUUAUCUGCUAGGACUUUCAAUAAGAAUCAUUUCUGAGGUUUACUCUCUGGACGUAACCAAACAUCAGCUUUGGUUGAAUCUUCCAUUUCAUCGCCGCCUUUUAUUAUUUCAGUAUAUUAUUUUUUCCAUUUUUCAGG